CCACUUCCGGCGGCCGGCCUGCGCUGCAGCCUGAGGCAAUUUUUUUUCACCCUUUUUCCAUCGUCCGGCGCGGCGGGACUUGCCUCAUGGCGGCCGGCUGAGGGCGGCCUAGGCCCGGCUCGGCUCGGCCUUUUCCUCGCGCUGAUGGCCGGCGAAGAGCCGCAGAAGUUCCUGGCGCCCGACGAGCCCGGCGCCGUCCUCUCGCCGCUGCCACCGCCGCCGCUGCGCCACCCGCCUCGCCUGGCCGACGAAGGCCCGGCCUGCCUGGACGUCAGCGACUUCGGCUGCCACCUCUCCUCCUGCCACCGCACCGACCCGCUGCGCCGCCUGCACGCCCACAGAUGGCACUUAACCUCUUGUGGCACAAGCGUAGCCAGCUCUGAAUGCAGCGAGGAGCUCUUCUCUUCAGUCUCUGUGGGUGACCAGGAUGAUUGUUUCUCUCUCUUGGAUGAUCAGGAGUUAACCUCUUUUGACCUCUUCCCUGAGGGGAGUGUCUGUAGCGAUGUCUCUUCCUCCAUUAGCACGUACUGGGACUGGUCAGACAGUGAAUUUGAAUGGCAGCUGCCCGGCAGUGACAUUGCAAGCGGGAGUGAUGUGCUGUCUGACAUCAUUCCCAGCAUCCCAAGCUCCCCUUGCCUGCUUCCAAAAAAGAAGAACAAGCACCGGAAUCUCGAUGAACUUCCCUGGAGUGCCAUGACCAACGAUGAGCAGGUGGAAUAUAUUGAGUAUCUGAGUCGGAAAGUCAGUAUGGAAAUGGGUCUUCGGGAGCAGCUUGAUAUUAUCAAAAUUAUUGAUCCAACGGCUCAGAUUUCACCCACAGACAAUGAAUUCAUUAUCGAACUGAACUGCCUCACAGAUGAAAAGCUGAAACAGGUCAGAAAUUACAUUAAGGAGCACGGCCCUCGGCAGCGGUCUGCCAGGGAGACCUGGAAGAGGAGCAGCUACAGUGGGGGCAGUGCCAGCGGUGUGAGCGGCGUCAGCGCCAGCAGCAGCAGCGCCAGUAUGGUCAGCUCGGCUAGCAGCAGCAGUUCAAGCAUUGGGAACUCGGGUUCGAAUUCCAGCGCCAACCUGAGUCGGGCUCAUAGUGAGAAUAAUUUGUCGACAAGCGCUGCGGAACGCAUUCGGGAUUCAAAAAAACGCUCCAAGCAGCGGAAGCUUCAGCAGAAGGCUCUGCGCAAGAGGCAGCUGAAAGAGCAGCGUCAGGCGCGGAAGGAAAGGCUGAGCGGCUUGUUCCUGAACGAAGAGGUCUUGUCGUUAAAAGUGACCGAAGAGGACCACGAAGGAGACGUGGACGUCUUGAUGUGAGAUGGGAAUGUCACGAUGGGUGUUCUUUCUAAGCCUUAAGCUUCACUCUCUUGUUUACAUACACUUGUACCAAAACGAGGAUUGAAUCGGGACUAGCCGCCCUCCUCCUCCUCCUCCUCCUCCUCCUCCUCCUCCUCCUCCCACCACCACUUAACCUGUGCUUGACUACUUUGGGUCGUUCGGCUUUUCUUCUUUGCAAAAUCGUAGGAAAAUCAGGAAGACGUCCUUCAAAAAUAAUAAUAAUACGUAGGCUGGAUUAUUUUGCUUUCAGAGCAACCCGCUGGUUUUAAUUUAAUUUGGAUUUGAUUGUUAAAAUUAUGGAAAGAAAAGAGUUUUUUUUUUUAAAUUGGAAAACAUUUCCUUCUGUCUUCCUGCGACGUAAGUCUUAACGGUUAAAGGAAUAUAGUCUGCAAAAAGAAGAAUACGCUUUUGCCAGGACUUUUCUUCUUCUUUGCCACUGCAGUUGUAUCAAAGCCUAAGACGUAAUAGCUUAGGUUUCCUGGAAUUACCACUGUAAUUUCAUUUAAUGUGGGGGUUUCAGAGCUGUGUGACUUAACACUGUGUGUCAGGACCGUUCCGGUGAUCCAGUUGGUGACUUUAAACCUGUGUUUUUCUCCCUGUUUUCCACUGCAAAGCAAGCAAGUAUAUUUUGGAUUAGUCACAACGAUCCUUUACACGUAGAGCUUGGUAAGGCAGUCAUUUUAUAGGUGAUCUGGAGUUUGGUAUCAAGCCAUGGAGAACAAAUAAAUGUCUAUUGACAAAUACGUAUUUCUUCCCUCCCCCCCCCCCCCCCAACCACAUGUAUUUCUUCCUCUGUUCCAAAUCCCCAAAGUGUCUUGUGCCUUAAAAUUAAUUUGAUUUCUUUUCUUCUUCUUCUUAUUGCUUAAUGUGGAAGUUUGGGGGCAAAAAUGGCAAGAAGAAAGAAGAUCAAAGUGCCCCAAAGUUUUUCAAAGCAUAAUUUAGCUCAUCCUGCUUUUUUUUCUUGAAGAACCCCAAAGCAAGCCACCAUUGUACAUAGAAGAGAAUUUUUUAUAUUGAAAAAAAAACCCACGCAUUACAAAUUCAGUUGAAGGGCUGCACUGCCCUUUAGUUAACAUUGAUCGCUAAUAUUGAAGAAGUGCCACGAGAUGAAGAAACUGCAGAAUAUUGCAAUGUUCUACGAUGUUGCUUCAAAAUAAUUUAAGCUUCCAUUAUUUGUGCAGAAGAACUGAGAUGUAUUUUUUUCUCUGUCCCAAAUGCUAUGGGGAGUGGUGGGGGGGAGGGCAGGGGGAAUUAAUACUUUGAUUUUAGAUGCACAUGCUUCCAGAGUCAAGCUGUGUAUUGCUUGCUUUGGGAUGGAAACACCUUUCUCUGUUUUAAACUAACCAUUUUGUUCUUUCAUCUGAUUUAAAAAUCUAGGCGUGAUUAGACAAAACUGUAGUUUGCCUGUAGUUUACUCAUUCCAGCAUUUUCAGAUAAUCUGUAAUUAAGAAAAAGAUUUAUUCCAGGUAUGCAUGAAGCAGUAAUCUUUGAUGACUGAAACAGAAUGUGAAGCUUUUCUGUUUUUUCCCCUUCCCCCUGUGGUUUAUAUAGGGGAACUAUUUAAAUUGUAUUUCAACAUUCUAGUUGAUCCAUAUUAGGGUAAUGUAUGCAAUAUUGGAUAGAUGUCAAAUAUUUAUAGAUGUUUAAAAUUCACUAGAUUAUUUCUACAAGCCAAAUUCCUCUUCAAUUUUUAAUUUUCACUUCCGGAUUGUAGUUUUGGAGCAUUGUUACAUUUAGUUAUAAUCAUUGACUCUGCUCAAGAACAGGAAAAUUAUUCUAAAGUACUGUAGCCAAAUCAUACUCUGUGAGUACUAAGGCGGAUUAAAAUGUUGUUGUAGCCCAAUACUCAGUGUUGUAACAAAUGUUGAAGAAGUGUGACCCCCUCUAUAUCUUCUAGUCCUUUAUUUCUAUAAUUACCCCAAAGUUUCCAAUUGCUUUAAUCCUGCCCUCCCCAGCUAAUUUGUCACCUGUCUGUUAAAAUAAUGAUUGUUUACAGUGACUCAGUAUUGAUUCCUGGUUAACAUCUGGUAAAGUAGUUUUAAAAAUUCAAGACGAUUUUGACUAAGCUGUGGUCUAAAGCCACAUGUUUUUGUUUUUUUCUUGUUUUUUUAUUUUACAAAUUCAAAAGCAAUGUUAGAAUAUAGAAAGGAGCUAUUUUGUAGCCCAUUGCCUGUUCUAUUUAUUGUAAGCUGUUUACAAGCUGCAUAAAUAUUUAAUAAAAUAACUUAAGCAAUUGAGAGAACAAGUAAUCGACUUCUAUUGCAAAACUUAGAAGGAGCACUGAAAUUCUUCUUUUUUUUUUUUUAAAUGGCUGUUCUGUUAGCUGAAUGUAACUAUGAAAAACCUGUUUACAUUUUGUGUCUGUCUGUGCAUUCUUGUUUCCUCACCCACUACAAAUGUUCCAAUAAGCCAAGUAUUUGACUUUAAACAAAGGAGAAAAGUUCGUAUUAAAAAAAAGAUUGUCUAGAAGCUGUUUGGUAGUUUCCUAACAGCUGAGAUACUUUCUUGAUCUAGAGUAAAGACGUUACUCCUUUCCAUUUUGUUUGUUUUAUUUUUCUACAUGGUGUUGAAACAAAAAGAGUUUCUAGAGACAGAUUAUCUACAUCAAAUUGUAUAUAUACACGACUGUAAAGUCCUUUUCAAGGAUCCUGUAUCAUAGCUGUAGAGAAUCUUCUAGAACGUUAGCCAAAUGUCUUAAUUCUAAAAGAAACACUCAUAGGUUUGUGCCCUUAUCUCCACUUGAACUAUCCCCACCUCCUCCCUCUGGCUCACUUCAGCAAUAGUUAACUUGUCGAUCCUUUGGAAGGUUAGCAACCCAUUUUUGGUGAUCCAACAGAUCACAGUGUUUGUCAUGGCAUUCUCUGUUCUUUUGGUACAUUGGUUUUUAGGAUACAGUUGCUGGAGGGAAUCUGAGGUCAAUGUUUCUGAGGUUGCUCUUGAGGUCUUGUGGGAAAUUGGGGUGGUUUAUAUGGUGAUUUGGUCAAUCCAUUCAAAAGCGAUUGUUAGUAAAUCAGGUCGAGAUCAUGAGCUUCUUACUUGUGAAGGCAGAGAGCAGCGCUUGUGGCCUCAAAUGUGCUGUUUAUAACCUGGUUGAGAGACAAUAGUGUGUAAAAUGGAUGAAAAGAAAUGUGAGCUUCAUAACCAAAGUAAAGAGAGCGUUUUUAAACUUUGGCGAGGAUGCUUCAGAUGGAGAGCUAUCUGUCUGUCUGUCUAUCUCUGAACUGUUUCCUAAUUUUCUGCCACAAUGUAUAUUGAAACGGACUUGUAUAUACAAUUUUUCAUUGUACAUUCUGUAUCUACUUAACUGCAGUGUUUGUAGAAUCGAUUCCUUUUUCGUUCUUGAUGUUAUGAAAAAUUUAACUGCGAAGUAUAAAAUACUGAACAUCGUGAUUUGUUUUCUCCCCCUCUUUAGCUCUGAAUUGUAUUUAAAAAUAAUCGUCUUAGUUGACAUUAAAGACAAGAUACGCUGA